AUGACAAAUAUUGAACGAAAAAAUUCAACGAAUCAACAAACAAAAAAAAAAUCUUUAACACAAAAAUAUUUUCUUUGGCUUGAACCAUGUGAAAUAUGGUGUUUAAUGCGUAAAAAAACUCAAUUUAAUUCAACAUUUUAUGAUUGUAUUCAAUCAGCAUUGGAAAAUUGUGAUACAAUUUGUGGUUUAUAUGCAUCUGAUGGAGAUUGUUAUGAAUUAUUUCGAAGUCUUUUUUGGCCAGUAAUUAUGGAUUAUCAUAAAGUUGAUAUACGAAAUUUAAUAUUUAAACAUGAUUUUGGUGAUUUUCAUCAUAUUCAAGAUUUAUCAUCAGAAUUAAAUAAACAAAUUUUAUCAAUACGUAUUCGUAUUAAUCGUUCUAUUCAAGGUUAUCCAAUGAUAUCUAAAUUAACCAUUGAUCAACUACUAGAAAUUGAACAACGUGUUCGAAAUGCACUUGAAUAUAUAGAUCAAGAUUUACAAGGUGAAUAUCGUUCACUUAAAGAUAUUGAGGAAAUCGAUCUAAUUAAACUACGAGAAAAAUCUAUUCUUUUUCAAGAGCCGACUGAUCAUGAUUUAGAAAAUGCCAAAGCAUAUAAUCAUUGGCCGACUGGUCGUGGAGUUUUUGUAAAUAAAAAUGAAAAUUUUAUAAUUUGGAUUAAUCAAGAAGAUCAUUUGAGUUUUAUUUCUCAAGCAAAUAAUAGUAAAAUGAGUGAAAUUUAUGAACGUAUAAUACGUGCUAUAGAUAAAAUCAAUCAAAUAUUCGAAUUUCAACAACAUCAACGUUUAGGUUAUUUAAAUUUUUCUCCAAUAAAUAUUGGUACAGCAUUACAAGUUAAUAUUUAUGUAAAAUUAUUACAUAUAGAAAAACUUAAUCAAUUAAUUGAAUUUUGUAAAAAAUUAGAUAUUCAUAUUGAAAAUACAAAUGAUAAUAAUAUUUUUAAUUUAUCAAAUAUAAUACGAUUAGGACGAACUGAAUUUCAUAUUAUUCGUCUUAUGUGGGAUGGAAUUCAACAAAUAAUCGAACAAGAUAUUCAUGAAUCAUAG